AUGGCAGGUGAGCCCUCCUAUCAGAGGCUGCCACGUGGCAGCUCGCCCUCCCCUAAAUCGCCCCAUGCCCACCAGGAGAGCCCUUCACCAAGCAAGUGCUGUUGGCAUACCCAGUCACAGCCCAUCACCAUAAUUCCCCUCCUCGCCCUCCCUUCCCCCCUCUUUUCCCUCUCUCCCGAGCUCGCCCUCCCAUACCUCGCCCCAUGCCCACCAGGAGAAGCCUUCAUACAGCAAGUGCUGCUACCCCAGCCAGUCUUGGCCACCACGCACACCAGCAUCGCCAAAACCCUAUUUCUCGUCAACUCAUAUGCCCCAGCCUGCUACUCCUCUGCUGCGGCCGUCUUGUCCCGAUGCUCUGUGGUACUCUGCAGUGCUCUGUGGUACUCUGCAGUGCUCUUUGGUGCUCUGUGGUACUCUGCAGUGCUCUUUGGUGCUCUGUGGUACUCUGCAGUGCUCUGUGGUGCUUUGUGGUACUCUGCAGUGCUCUUUGGUGCUCUGUGGUACUCUUUACCCAUCUCACCUCCCCUGUUCUCCCUCCUUCCCCCCUCCUCCUCACUCCCCCCUCCCACCACUCCCGCUCUCUUCCAGUCUGCUGCAAUGGCAUGUUGGGACUCUAGAAGCCUCGCCACGUCGCGCCAUGUGGCGAGCGUCUAUUGGAUGGCAGCGGCCGGCGCGCCAGCAGCAGCGCCCAUGGACGCGCUUGUCCUUUUCCUCGCAGACGAGCUGCUGGUGCCGGCAAUCAGGGGGAGGCUGCAUCUGGUGCAGGCCGCACCUGGUUCAGGUUCAGGUGCCACACAGGGAACAGGACGAGAAGCAGGAGGAGAAGCAGCAGGUGCAGCAAGAGCCGCAGCAGCGUUGGAUGCUCUGAGAAACAGCAGUGGGUCGACCGGACAGAGUCACUCGGCUCUUGAAUAUGUGCUCUCGUGA